CAGAGUGGACGAGAAAAGUCAUUGGAAGAGGAGAUUAUGCGCCUGCCCAGCCAUCAUUUCCUCUUCCUUGCCUUUUGUGGAGGAGGAGAGGAGCCUGUGGAGUUUGGCCCUCUUGGGUGCCAGCCUCUUGCGGUGACUCCAGCGCUCACAGCCAGGAAAAACCCUUCUCAUCAGCUCUCUGGCGAAACAACUUGGCUGCCGACGGGCUGCUGCACUCCACCAGUACGACUGAAAAAUGCCUGGUGGCUCUUGUUGGACCAGCCUGAGGAUGGGUAGAUAAUUCGAGCCAAGUCCGUCCGUGUGUGGUUUUGUUCUCGUUUUGUCUUUAUGUUCUGGCAUUCCCAGUCAAAUCCAAGCUUUUUACGGGUGAGAGCGUGUGCGGAGUGGGUGCUGAGACGAAGCCAUCAUGAGACACAAGAUGGUCCCAGAGAAGGGGGAAAGUCAGAACGUGGGCUUUCAGGACCAGGCUCUGUCUGACCAGGGAGCACCCAGAAGGGGGCAGCUGCCAGAGGAGAAGCGGCGCCGUGCAGAGUCCGAACCUGGUGGGGCAUCGGAGGGAGCCGGUAGGACAUCUCCUGAACUCAAGGCCAAGAAUGAUGAGGGUCCCGUGAAGAAGGAAGCUUCUGUGAAAGCGACGAGCGAACCAGGCGAGAGGCGGUUGAAAUAUUUAGACCCGCGGGCAGCCUUGAAGACCAUGCAGUCGCGUAACGCGGGGUGGGGGAGCCCAGAGCCACUGGAAUCUGAGCCGUGGGAGAACUCAAAGGCUUGCCUGGCCUCCUUGGAAGGAGCGGCUGAAGCUUACCGGCGGUUCAAAGGCCUGGCGGAUCUCAGCAGAGAAAGCCACGGGGACUGCAGGAGGAGCGAAUCCCCAAAGAUGGUGGACGACAAGAAGGCGAGGGAGGAGCUCCUUAGAGAUGACUCCGUCACCAUGGACGUGCAGCGGACGCUCUUCAGGGAGUUCCGCUAUCAGGAGGUCGAGGGGCCCCGUGAGGCCUGUAGUCGCCUCUGGUACCUCUGCCACCGGUGGCUGAAGCCGGAGAGGCACACCAAGGAGCAGAUCCUGGAGUUGGUGAUCCUGGAGCAGUUCCUGGCCAUCUUGCCAUCAGAGCUCCAGAGCUGGGUCAAGGCUGGUUGCCCUCAGUCCUGUGACCAGGCGGUGGCCCUGGCAGAAGACUUCGCACCGCGGCGGCGAGGGAAUAGAUGUCUGGAGCGGGAGGGGCCACCGUUGAUCCAGGCGGUGGGUUUGAAUUUCCCCACGGCUGAGCCACCUCCAGCAGGCGCUGAAGAGAAGCCGCUUUGCGCCAAGGCCAAGCAGGAGGGUGACGGCAACACUGAUUCGGAGGGUGAUGAGUGGGUGAUUGAGACCAGGCAGGAAGACCCUCAGCUGGAAGAUCCUGAGCCAGCAAAGCUUUGUGAGCCCUGGGAGAGGCUCCCUUGGUCACAAGAGGACAGAGAAGCUUCUUUGAGUAAUGAUGGACCAGAGAAGAGGAAGGAGAACUGCCAAGAGCAGAGAGUGGUUGAGAUUGUUCCUCGUGCUGGCGAGGAUGGAGACCAAAGCCAAACUGUCGUCGUCAAGAGGAGGCGUAGAAGCAGAGGGAAGAAGACAUGCGGAGUGUGCGGGAAGACCUUCAGUCGGAGCACCGUCCUUGCUGCACAUCAGAGAACCCACACAGGUGAGAAGCCGUUCAUGUGCCAGAACUGUGGGAAAUGCUUUAGCUUUAAAUCCACCCUGGUUGCGCAUGAAAGGACCCACACAGGGGAGAGGCCCUACACAUGUGAUCAGUGUGGGAAGAGCUUUACUGUCAGCUCGGUCCUCACCAGGCAUUACCGAGUCCAUAUCGAAAAGGAACUGUUCAGCUGCUUGGAGUGCAACAAGACCUUCACUCAGAAAUCGCAGCUUCUCAACCACCAGAAGGUCCAUGUGAAGGAGAAGCCCUUCAAAUGCUCGCAGUGCGGAGAGGGGUUCAGUCGGAGCUCGAGCCUCAGGAAACAUGAGGGCUCCCACACAGGGGAGAAGCCCUUUAAGUGCCCGGACUGUGAGAAAUCCUUCAACACUUCCUCCCAGCUCGUCAAGCAUCACCGGGUCCACACGGGGGAGAGGCCGUACACUUGCUCGGAGUGCGGGAAAAGCUUCAGCCAGUGGCAGAUCCUCAUGGUGCACCAGAGGACCCACACGGGUGAGAAGCCCUUCAAGUGUGCCACAUGCGGGAAGUGUUUCUCUGACCGAGCUGUCCACAUCCGGCACCAGAAAGUCCACACGGGGGAGAGGCCACACCAGUGCACAACCUGCGGGAAAAGGUUCACUCACCGUACGGUCCUGGUGAAGCAUCAGAAGAUCCACAUGCGAGAAGCUCUGAACAUGCAGAGACUGGAGGAGGAGCAGCAGCAGCAGCAGCAGCAGCAGCUGCCACCACCGCCCGAGGAAGCCUUGCCCAAGGCGUCCCAUGCUGAGGUUAAGCUGAAAUACAAAAUGGCAGCUGACAAAGAGAAGACGGCAAGUGUUGGUCUCCAAUUCCAAGCUCUGUUGCAACAGGAGGUUGAGGCCAAGGAGCAGCUAGAAGAGGGAGGUCAAGCAGACCGUGAGCUUGGAGUGGCAGCAGAGAGACCAGGAAGAGCCCCUCACGAAGUCAAGGCUGAGGAGAAUAAGGAUUUCCUGAAAAGGGAGGCCCCAGAGCUGGUUAUGGAUGACUUGGCUGGAAAGCCAUUGAAGCAUUUAGAGUCAUCUGAGGCCCUGAAAGGAACGCGGUUCCCUCACUAUGAAUGGAGAACCCCCCCGUUAUCAGGAUGUGCACCUUGGGAAAAUACCAAAGCUAUCCUGGCCUCCUUUCAAGGAGUGGCAGAUGCUUACCAGAAAUCCAGGGGGCUGCCGGUUUUCAGUGGUGAAGCUCAAGAAGAAGCCACUAAGACAGAUAUCAGAAAGAUGGAGGAUUACUGGAAAGCAAAGGAGGAUCUCCUGGGAGAUGACUCUGUCACCAUGGACAUGCAGCGGACGCUCUUCAGGGAGUUCCGCUAUCAGGAGGUCGAGGGGCCCCGUGAGGCCUGUAGUCGCCUCUGGUACCUCUGCCACCGGUGGCUGAAGCCGGAGAGGCACACCAAGGAGCAGAUCCUGGAGUUGGUGAUCCUGGAGCAGUUCCUGGCCAUCUUGCCAUCGGAGCUCCAGAGCUGGGUCAAGGCUGGUUGCCCUCAGUCCUGUGACCAGGCGGUGGCCCUUGCAGAAGCUUUUUUACUGAGACAACGAGAGUCUGGGAAAUUGGAACAGGAGGGUUCAGCGCUGGUGCAAGAGGUGGAUUUGAACCUCCACACGGCUGAGCAACCUCCGCCUGUCCCUGAAGAGAAGCAGCUCUGCUCUGUGGCCAAGCAGGAGGGUGACAGCGACACCAGCUCACCGACAGGCGAUGAAUGGAUGACUGAGAGCAAAGAGGAGAAAUCCCAGCUAGAAAAUACUGAGCCAGCAAAAAUUUGCAGGACCUCCUGGGGAAGCCUCCCUUGGACCCAAGAGGGUGGAAAAGCUUCCGCAAGCUACGGCGGAUCAGAAAGGGGGAGGAAGAACUACCUUGCGCCAAGAGUGGACGUAUUCUUUCCUUAUUUGGGAGAAAGUGGGGAACGGAGCCAAACCGUCGUCGUCAAGAGGAGGCGCAGAAGCCGGGGGGAGAAGGUGUGCGGUGUGUGCGGGAGAAGCUUCAGUCGGACUACGGUGCUUGUUGCACAUCAAAGAACCCAUACUGGGGAGAAGCCGUUCAUGUGCAAAGAUUGCGGGAAAUGCUUCAGCUUGAAGUCUACCCUGGUUGCCCACGAGAGAACCCACACAGGGGAGAGACCCUAUACCUGCUCGCAGUGCGGGAAGAGCUUCACCGUUAGCUCGGAUCUUACCAGGCACUACCGGAUCCACAUAGGAGAGAAGCCAUUUAACUGCUUGGAGUGUGAUAAAAGUUUCAGCCGGAAAACACAGCUCCUUAACCACCAGAAGGUCCACACGAGAGAGAAGCCAUACAAAUGCUCGCAGUGUGGGGAGAGCUUCAGUCGGAGCUCAAGUCUCAUGAUCCACGAGGGCUCCCAUACAGGGGAGAAGCCUUUCAAAUGCCCGGACUGUGACAAAUCCUUCAACACAUCCUCCCAGCUCGUCAAGCAUCACCGGGUCCACACAGGGGAGAGGCCGUACACCUGCUCGGAAUGCGGGAAAAGCUUCAGCCAGAGGCAGAUCCUUAUGGUACAUCAGAGAAUCCACACAGGGGAGAAACCCUUCAAGUGUGCCACGUGUGGGAAAUGCUUCUGUGACCGCGCCGUCCUCAUCCGGCAUCAGAAAGUCCACACCGGGGAGAGGCCGCAUCAGUGCAUAACCUGUGGGAAGAGCUUUUCUCAUCGUGCUGUCCUUGUCAGGCACCAGAAGAUCCACACAAGAGAAGCUCUAAACAUGCUUACACUGGAGGAGGAGCCUCCACCCAGAAAAGCCUCAUAACAAGCUCAGGCUCAAUCCCAUAUUGCCUUGACUCUCAACAUGGAUACAGGUGACCCCCUUAGUAGUUUGCUGCAGUGCACACUUAGCAAUGUCGUAGCACUUUCUUCCUGGCUACAAUUGCAUGGCGGUAAGCUUAUGUGUUAGUCUUCCAGAAGAGAAGAGAAGCGCAGUGGCACAGGAGAAUGGUGAAACAGUUCCUUGCUACAUGGAUGGAUGCUACAUGAGACUGGUUUUCUGCACACCGGCAUAUCACAGCAACAUUACUAUGGGGGAAAUGGUUGACUGUAUUAAGAACAUAAGAAGAGCCUGCUGGAUCAGGCCAGUGGCCCAUCUAGUCCAGCAUCCUGUUCUCACAGUGGCCAGCCAGAUGCCCAUGUUCAUUUUCAUCCUGGGGUAGACACUUCACGGCUGUCUCUGGACUCUGGGCAGGCAACUGCUGAUGGAGUUGCUGGGAGGUGGGGUGGAAAUCAGUGAAAUCCGACCGACUUGGGACCCCCCAAGUCUUCUGCAACAUGUUCUUGGCUCAGUCAUAGUGUACUUGUGGUGGAUUUUUUCUGCCUCAGUUUGUUCUGCUAUGCUUUCCCAAUGCUACCACGUUCUUGCUGUCCAGAAGUGCUCUAGCACAACAAAAAAGGGGCAAAAGUAUGUUCGAGGAAUUAAAAGUGACGGGUUUUCCCAGGGAGGAAUGGGAUAUGCUAAGACGAAGCGGUGUGACUGCCCCAAAAUUUUUACAGGUGCAAACGAUAUUGAAAUUGGAGUGGCAGCAUCCUGAUCUCAAGUCAUCAUGAAUGGACCAUUAAAAGGACACCCAUUUCCAUGUUUUUAAGCUAGUCACUACAAAUUAAUUGAAUGAGAACAUAGAAUCAUAGAAGAGUUGGAAGGGGCCUAUAAGGCCAUCAAGUCCAACCCCCUGCUCAGUGCAGGAAUCCAAAUUAAAGGCUACCUUAGGUCCAUUAAUUUUGGCGGGUUUACUCUGAGUAGAAGUUAGUUUGCAACCUUCGCUUUCUCUUUCUGUCGAAAUAUAGCAGAGGGGUGCCGUGUCACUUUCCCAUCAUUUCGUUGUGCUGGUACAAAGAGCUUUGGGGGUUUCGCUUCAGUUUGUAGCAGUCGGUAUUUGAUUUCAUAGAAUCAUAGAGUUGGAAGGGGCCUACAAGGCCAUUGAAUCCAACCCCCUGCUCAAUGCAGGAAUCUGAAUUAAAGCAUACCUGACAGGUGGCUGCCCAGCUGCUUCUUGAUUGCCUCCAGUGUUGGAGAGCCCACCACCUCCCUAGGUCAUUGGCUCUGUUGUACUGCUGUAACAGAAAAGUUUUCCUAAUGUUUCGCCAACAUCUGGCUUCCUGCAACUUGAGCCCAUUAUUUCAUGUCCUGCACUCUGGGAUGGUCAAGAAGAGAUCCUAGUCCUUCUCUAUGUGACAACCUUUCAAGUACUUGAAGAGAGCUAUCAUAUCUCCCCUCAGUCUUCUCUUCUCCGGGCUAAACAUGCCCAGUUCUUUCAGUCUCUCCUCAUAGGGCUUUGUUUCCAGUCCCCUGAUCAUCCUUGUUACCCUCCUCUGAACCUGUUUUAGUUUGUCUGCACCCAUCUUAAAGUGUGGUGUCCAGAAAUGGAUGCAGUACUCAAAAGGAGGCCUAACCAGUGCCGAAUAGAGGGGAACCAAUACUUCACACGAUUUGGAAACUAUACUUCUGUUAAUGCAGCCUAGAAUAGCAUUUGCCUUUUUUCCAAUCACAUCACACUGCUGGCUCAUAUUCAGCUUGUGAUCAACAACAAUCCCAAGAUCCUUCUUACACGUCGUAUUGCUGAGCCAAGUAUCCCCCAUCUUAUAACUGUGCAUUUGGUUUCUUUUUCCUAGGUGUAGAAUUUUGCACUUAUCCCUGUUAAAUAUCAUUCUGUCAUCUUCAGCCCAAUGCUCCAACCUAUCAAGAUCCCUUUGAAUUUUGUUUCUGUCUUCCAAUGUAUUAGUUACUCCCCCCAAUUUUGUAUCAUCGGCAAAUUUGAUAAGCAUUCCCUGCACCUCCUUAUCCAAGCCACUAAUAAAAAUGUGGAAGAGCACUGGACCCAGGAAGGAGCCCUGCGGUACCCCGCUCGUUACCUCCGGUAGCACAUACAUGGUUAUGUGGUGGAUAGGUUGACCAAUUUAAUUUAGGCAUGCGCAUUUGCCAAUGGCAGGCAGUAUGGUUGAAACAGCCCUCGUUCUCAUAAUUUAAUUCCCUGCAUUUCAGUUCAUUGUUGUGCCACUUGCACAACACCCCUGGCAGGACGGGGCAGGGAUGGGGAGAAUCCCUUCUCCUCUCAUAUCCUGGGAGCUGCUAUUGACCUGCUGUUGCAAUAAUU